CAAUGUUUAGCUGCAGCAAAAUUAAGCACACAAAUCUUUGCUUCAAGAAAAAUGUCAAUUAAUCAAUUAUUCAGCUCUCGUGAGAUCAUUGAACAUAUCAUUUGUACAGUUUCACUUUGAAGCAAAAUGAACAAUGAAUGACUGAUCUUUAGCAUGAAUGAACUUCAGAAACUUCAGCAUUACAAUAUGGUAGAUCCCACUAAAAUGCUUAAAAACUUGCAGUAUUUAAUUACUGGACUUAUUACAUGGUUACUUUGGUAAUUACAUCAUGUUAGUACAUUAUCACCUAUGUAUUACCAAACUAUUACUCUGUUAUCUAUUUAACAUGCUACUGAAAAUGGCAUCAGGGCAAAACUGUGAGCUAAAAGUGGUAAAAGGGUAAAAGUCUGGCAGUUUGAGAUUGCCAGGCUGUGUGUUAGGAGGAGGGGGAGCCAAAAUAGGAAGAGGAGGAACUCUGAGAGGGAGGGGCAACAGUACAUCUGGAAAGAAUUGGGGGAAGACAGAAAAAGGGAGGGUAAGUGGGACAAAAAGAGUAUUUUGUUAACAAAGAGGGAGAAAAACGAAGACUACUGUAAGUCAGUAUAAAGCAUUUAAAGAAGUGGACAGGAAGUGGACGGAGUAGAAGAAAAGUGUUGAACAGAGGAAAAGGGGGAAAAGUGGGGAAGAGAGAGUUUUUCAGGCCCAGAUCAGGGUCCCUCCACAGUCGACUGGAGCCAUACCAGAACAUCUGAGGCAUAAAAGAAGCUGAACACUACGAAGAUCGAACCUGAAACACAAUAUCAUAUUCAGGAUGUCAGUGUCUCGGAGGUGUUUGUGUUGUGUUAAAUAUUUGAUGUUCAUCUUUAACCUCAUCUUCUGGCUGGGAGGAUGUGGCCUGUUCGGCGUCGGGGUUUGGUUGUCCUUCACUCAGGCGGAGUUUUCCUCUCUUCCCCUGUCCUUCCCAUCACUCUCAGCAGCCAAUCUGCUGCUGGUGGCUGGUGGAAUCACCAUGGUAACAGGCUUCCUGGGUUGUCUCGGAGCCCUUAAAGAGCAGCGCUGCUUGUUGUUUAUGUUCUUUGUGAUCCUUCUGCUCCUGGUUCUGACCGAGGUGGCUCUAGCCUUAGUUUUGCACAUCUUCCAUGACAAGCUGGAUUCAAAAGCACAAGAUGAAUUAAAGGAAGGUAUGAAGAUCUACAAUUCUGAACCUGGGCUCAAAAAAUCUUGGGACAAUGUCCAAAAAUGUAUGUUCAAAUGCUGCGGAGUGACUAAUAAAACCGACUGGUAUGAGGUGCUGAAUGGAACGCUACCAUCAUCCUGCUGCUCUGUUGGGGCAGAUCCAUGUGUGGACGGAUGGAGUGAGCCAUGUUACCAGAAAGCCCGACAGUGGCUGCUCGAUAACAUCCCCUCAGUUCUGGUUUUGGAGUGUGUAUCGGUGUUGUGCAGAUCCUCGCCCUGGUGUUCUCCAUGCUGAUGUACUGUCAGAUUCUGUGUGCUGAAAAGUACUUGGACUGACUCUAGACCAGUGAUUCAAUAGUGAGGAUGCAGUACCUUAUUACAGACUGUUUUUCCACCUUGGUUUACUAUCAAAGAUCUGCCUCUUGGUUUGAUAAUUAACAGUAUGAUAUGUCCCUGACUAAACUGGAAGAACACUGGCCUCUUUAUACCCACCACAGUAAUAUAUCAUUAACCUAAUUACACUUUUAUAGUGCAGCUGGUCAUGUAGAGUUACAAGUUAAUCUCUCUACCAGUAACAGUUACAGAUGCCUUGGUGCUCCUGUGGUCCAUCAAUACGUAGAACAACACCUUAAA